CUGCUUGGUCAAAUAAAAAAAACUGUCAAAACGGAAGUCAAACGUAAAAGAUUGUCAAAAAUUUCGGUGAUAUCAAAAAAAGAAUCAACAAGAUUUACUAAACAACAAUUACAAAAAAGUGAGAAACUUCAAAAACCAUUUGGAUUUUGUUGUGAUGAAAAAUUACAGGAUAUUAAUACAAAAUAUGAUCAACGAAAACCGCCAUUCAUAUCAUCAUUGACCAAUGUAGUCUUAGAUAGUGGCGGGCCCGAUUUGAAAUUUCGAGUAAAGGACACUUUUGUUAUUCAAUCAUCAUCUACUGCUGCUGGUGGUACAAUAAAAUCUUCUUCAACACAUAAAGUUCAUUUGAAAUCAGGAACUACUCAUGUUAGCGCAUGUAAAUGGAGUCACGGUCCUAUUAAUUGGUAUUUAGAGGAUGAAAUUGCUCUUGCUCAAGAGAUACUAAUAAGAAAAAUGCAAAAAAAACAUCGUGAGGAGGAUAAAAUAAAAGUUCUUUUUACAAAAAAAAAGAGAAAAUUAUCUAAAAGGGUUCCUGGAUUGAAAAAUACAGAAAAUAAAAAUGAGACUUCCAAUGACAGUAUCGAAAUUAUAAAUGAUGAAUAGCGAAAAAAAAUACAAAAAUGAGUUAUAUAAAUUUUGAAUAAAAAUUAAUAUUUUUACUACGCAAAAAAAAAAAAUUGGAAAAUUCAAUAAUAAAGCAAAUAUUCUGUAUAUUAGACUGUUUAUUUAAAAAAAUUAACUCUUCAACAGUUUACAAAUUUUUACAAUAAACACGUAAUUACAAACGAGGCCUAUAACUAAUUUUUUUUUUAAUAAACCAGCCAUUUUCUUUUUUCACUCAUGUCUCUAUAACAGUCAAAAGUUGAAGUGAAAUCAUGGCACUUAAUUUUUUAAUGAAUUUCAAAUACUUUUAAUUACCGAAAAUAUAGUCUUUCUUUUGAGAUAUCGCAUAUAUUUUUUUUCAGCAUAUUUAGUUCACUUUUCUUUUCUUUCCUUUCCUUUUUUUUUUUUUUUUUUUACUAAUGUUUAUAGUAUUUCAAAUUGAUUCCUAAACUUUAUUUACAUUUAUCAAAGUUGAAUAUGUUUAGGAAAUCAUUUUUCACACGUCUCAUUUUUUUAUUUCACGAUCGAAAAAAUAAAAUAAAAAAAUCACAAUUUUUUUUUUUAUCGAUCGUUUUUAUCAAAUAAGAAUGUCGCAAAAAAUGUGAUAAAAUAAUUCAUUUUUUUGUGAAUAAUAUACUGAUUUACCGUAACUAAAAAAAAAAAAAUAAAUAAAAUAAAAUUUCUCACUCUUUUUUUUUCAAGUCUUAUAAGUUUUCGUUAUCGCCAACUAUACUUUCAUUAUAUGAUAAUUCAUCUAAAUUUACUUUUUAUAAAGAAAUAAAUGUAUUGAAAAUAAAUAAUCAAAAUGCUCCAGGCAUUUGUUAACAAUAAAUUUAAAUUAAUAUUAUAAUUAUAUAUGGCAAAUAUUAAUAAACAAAAAAUAAAAAUAAA